UCCUCCACACUCUUGCAAAAAUCAGAGCCACCCAGGAGCACCCCUUCUUUUUAGAGAUAUACUAAUUCUUUUUUAUAUUAUUUACUAUAUAUACAUAUUCAAAGUUCUGUUUGGGCACCAUAAUUUGCUUCUAGCUACUCUUCUUUACCCCUCUAUUGCUACUUCAUUUAAUAAAAUUUAAAGAAUAUCUUAAUGGCAGAUUGUGAUCGAUCAAGCACAUCAGAUAAUGCCUCAGUAGUCUCAGCUGAAUUUGAGCAAAAGUUAUUGAGUUCACGUGAAUCCACGAUAGAUCCACCCGCAGUGACGGCAUUAGAGACCACCAACAAAGAAACCUCUGAACUUGAAUUUUCAGAAGAUGAAGAAAUUCUCAUUGCUAAAAUGUUUAAUUUGGUCGGAGAGCGGUGGUCAUUAAUUGCUGGAAGAAUCCCAGGAAGAAGUGCUGAUGAGAUUGAAAAGUACUGGAAAUUGAGAAUAUACUCCAAGAGCCAGGGCGAAAGUAUGUCGGAGAUACUACUCAAAUCGAAAGAUCAAUCUCAAACCAUUGCACUGAAAGAGGAAUCUGGGCAUUCAACGGAAAAUGUUAAGGGGAAGUAGUGAUAUUUUAUGUGUAGUGGCAGCCGUAUAUAAAAUUUUUGUAUCAAGAAAAAUUAGCUGACAGAGUAAACAUAUGUCAUAUAUUUAUCAUAAAUAAUAUAACAGUUUUUAAAAAAUUACAAUACCAUUGUUAGACAAUAAAAUUUGAUAUCGAGAAAAUAAUUAUUCGGGA